AGUCUGGGAGCCCUCGCAAAAUGAUGAGGUGACGGAUACGGAAUUGUCGGAGUGCGCGUUUUUUUUAAUACUUUUUGUUCGCAUUCUUUUCACUUCUCGAGCGCCAGCAAUUUUAUGAAUCACACAUACAAAAAGUGGAAUGAAAAAUAUAUUUUAGUACGCAGCUUCUGUUGUUUGUAGCGUUGCUACAAAAUAUUCGAAAAUUAAUAUUUAAUAAUAACCUUUGAUUUAUUUUCGCUGGACAUGUGUACUAAGUAAAUUGAUUGAUAUGGAAAAGAUAAGAGAUAGCAGAUAUAAGUGACAUCUUAUCUUAUCUCAUUGGUUGUGCUGAUAACGAAAAGAAUACGUAUUUUCACCCAGAAGACGCUUGACAGUGCAGAUCGCAAUAAAUUGCAAUCUAUCUGAAUUAUCGGAAUAUUACAUCGAGGCACUAUGGAGAGGCAUGCUUAAGUGUCGCAUUUGUUUCUGAGGAAGUAAGCAAUUGUGCAAGAAGGAUGGCCUCCCUCCACCAGAGGCGUCCCAGCAUAAGUAACUGGUUCUCCUCGCUUCGUCGGCAGCCCAAAAACAAGAAGUGCUCCUCCGGUUUGGGAGGCGGAGAAAAUGUUGGCAAAAAGCAAGCGUUGCAAAGGAGUUGCUUUGACCUAUCCGCGACGACGGUGGUUUGCGAUGAUGGUUUAAGAGUGGAGUUCCCUGAAAGUCGGCGAAGCAACAGCACUUUUUACAUCAACACCGGAAAUGUAUCGUCUGCUAGUUUUAAAGACAAUCGUAAACUUCUAGUGGAAAUGGACAGUCGUAGUGAUAGUAGCCCUAGCAGCAUUUGCGUUCGCUGCUCUUGCAAUUUAAUCACAAAAAGCGGGGACAGAAUAGAAACAUAUCCUAUAACCACGCCUAAGUCGGACAUUAAGAUCGCGCUGAAACCACCACCCAAGCCCCGUUCCCCAUCCAUUGCUCCAUACACUAGUGUAGCCACAUAUAAUAUCACAAAAUUAGCGCCGGAUAGCCCACCUCCCGCUAGCCCAACAUUUAGCACUCAAACCGUAAAUUGUAGCGAUGUUACCUCGAAAGUCACCGAGGUGCAGCACCUGCCCUGCGAUGAACCUAACACGGAACUCAUUAGCAGGCGGACGGAGUACAAGAACACAACCAUCACAACGACAACAAGAACCUUAAUUGUGACGCGACCCAUCGAAGUGCUAUUAAAUGAAAAUGGUGAAAUAAUCGCACGGCGAUCCCCGGACAAAACGCGCUCUAAUUUCCUAGGCCGCAUGCUAGACGUGAAUAAUGAAAUUGAAACUGGCGUCAACCCUCCCGAGCUGUUUCUGAAAAAUUAUCCUUGUUCGAAACACAGUUCACCCCUAACACCCGAUACGUGCGACAUGCGCUUCAUUGACGACAGCUCCAACUUGCAAAGUGAGUCCGAGCGGAACUCUAUUAUAUACAAAACCAACAAAUAUAAUUCAAAGAAUAAAAACAAUAACCGCAAGCGGGACAGUCUGCAAUCGAAUCUGUGCGAGAGUUGCCACAUGCUUCUUGAGCAAAAUUGCAUAAAUACUGAACGGAGUCACAACCUAGUCAACCUUAGGCGACCAUCAAAGCAAAUAAAAGAUGAGUUGUGCGAGGUUGUAUCGGAAAUGGAGGCGCUGGAUGUGCCCGAUGACUGCAAGCAUUCCAAUAAGGAUAAACAGAUGUCCAUUGGCCGUAAAAAGUUUAACAUGGACCCCAAAAAAGGCAUUGAGUACCUCGUUGAAAACCGGCUGCUACGUCAUGAUCCCCAGGACGUUGCCCACUUUCUCUAUAAGGGAGAGGGACUGAAUAAAACAGCCAUUGGCGAUUACCUCGGCGAAAAAAACGAUUUUAAUGAGGAUGUGCUCAAGGCUUUUGUAGCGCUCCACGAUUUCACCAAUCUCAUUCUCGUACAAGCCCUUAGACAAUUUUUGUGGUCUUUUCGGUUGCCCGGCGAGGCACAAAAGAUCGAUCGCAUGAUGGAGACCUUCGCGCAGCGCUAUUGUCAACUGAAUCCCGAUAUAUUCACUAACACAGAUACUUGCUAUGUGCUCAGCUUCGCAAUUAUAAUGCUAAACACCUCACUGCACAAUCCAUCUGUUAAAGACAAACCCACCGUUGAUCAAUUUAUAUCUAUGAAUCGGGGCAUCAACAACGGCGGAGAUUUGCCCCGCGGCCUUCUCGAAUCUCUUUACGAGUCGAUUCGAACGGAGCCAUUUAAAAUACCCCAGGAUGAUGGCAAUGAUUUGAUGCACACCUUCUUCAAUCCCGACAAGGAGGGCUGGCUGUGGAAGCAAGGCGGCAGAUACAAAUCGUGGAAACGACGUUGGUUUAUUUUGAACGACAAUUGCUUAUACUAUUUUGAAUACACAACGGAUAAGGAGCCACGCGGUAUUAUACCACUAGAGAACAUAUCAGUACGCGAGAUUCACGAUCGCAGCAAACCGCACUGCUUUGAGCUGUUUGCGACGGGCGGUGCUGAUAUAAUCAAGGCAUGCAAGACUGACUCUGAGGGCAAAGUUGUAGAGGGCAAGCAUACGGUGUACCGUAUGUCCGCUGCCACGGAGGAAGAUCAACAGGAGUGGAUCAAGCGUUUAACGCAGUCUAUUAGUCAUAAUCCGUUUUAUGACAUUCUGGUACAAAGAAAAAAAAAGGCACUCAGCAAGAGUUAAUAUUAAAAAGAAGCUCUGCGAAGCUUUUGUCUUGGAUCUCAGUAAAACGCUGGUACUCGCGUGCGUUGCUCUCUACCCCUAUUUAAACAACUGCAUAUGCAUAUACCAAUUAUAUACGUUGUGUUGUGAGAGUAUUUCCAUGAUGAACUAAUGCCUGUAAUUGUUUUACCUUCCGCAUUGGUCCGAUCCCAAAUAAUGUCUUUGUAUUUUGUUUGAUUGACUCGAAACAAGCCAUCACACGCCGACGCACUUUGUCUCUAUUGUUGUGAUAUAACUUAUUAAAAUUUAGAAUAACCAAAAUUAAAAUAAUUGAAAAUGGCGUAAAGUAGACAUACACAUUUAUUCACAUUUUCUUUAGUGCAAAUUUUAGUUUAGGUUCAUCAUAGACAUAAGUCUUCGUAUAUGGUUUGAACUUUUAUAACAUAAGUUGUCCCACAACCCUUUAUUAUUAAAAACAUAUCCCAGCCGCCAAACGUUGUACAUUGUCUAUAUGUUUAGUUAUUGGAUGCAAAUGAAAAUAGCAUACAAAUGUUGUUGACAAUUGUUGACAGCUAAAAAAAAGUGUUAUUUAGAUCUAAAAGAUAAUUCUUACAGCGAAUAAACUUUAAAAUAAUUAAACAAAGAAAUUUAAAAUUAAUAAAUACAACUCUUAAAUGCAUUUAGAUGGCAAUCUGAUUUUAGGGAGAAUUUUGAUUACGUGACAUAGUUUCUUUACGCCAAAGAUCGAAUCUUAACUUUUAUUAGCCAAUGCUAAAAUUACCCCUUUACACAAUAUUUAUAAGUUGAAGUAUAUAUUUUUUUUAAUGUUUGCUAAUUUGAAGAGGGAAACGGUUCAAGCGCCACAUAUUUGGAAGUGCAGAAACGCAUGCCUAAUUUAAUAAAAAUGUGUGUAAGCAGAAAAGUUUAAGUCAAAAAUUAAACAAGGAAGAAUCUUGUAGUAGCCAUAAGAAGCUCUUAGAAUAUAGUUAUAGUAAGUUGCGUGUCGUUGGGCUGUGAUAUCAUUGAUAGGAAAGAGCUUCUAGCAGAUCCCAUAUGGUUUGAUCUGUGUUGAGACUGAAAAAAACACUUGAUCGCACGGCUUACGGACGUCUAAUCUUAAUGUUUUUUAAAUUUUGAAUUAUUUAGAAAUCGCAGUACCAUAUAAGUUUGCAAUAUUAUAAAUACUUUAGCUUUAUUUGUAUAUCUACACUGCUGUGUACUAUCUUGUGUUUAAUCGAAAACAAUGUACAUAACGUGCAACAUUAUUUAGGUGUACUAUUUGUAUUCGAUUACUAUUUUGUUUUACAAAGCUGUCUUAUAUGGGCAGUUAGUGUCUUUGCUAGCUUGGGCGUACAUUUUCAAUAAACAGAAAUCAAAAUUAAUAUAUGUCGGGAUCUUGAAUAUAAAAAAUGGAAGUAAUAAUAGUUUAGAUGAGUAUAUUUACCGCUUUAAAACUAAUGUGAACAGCUUAUAUUCAUAAAAUAACAUUAAUAUAUCAAGAAAUACUUUAUAUCGUUUAUAAAAAAUUUAACUAA